AUGAAAGCAUGGCAAUACUCGUCCACUGCUGGCGGCAUUGAGAAGAACCUCGUCCUCAACCAAAAUGUCCCUGUCCCUUCACUGGCACCCUAUAUCGGCGCUCGCGAUUCAGUGCUGCUUGUGCGAGUCCUGUCAGCUAGCCUCAACCCGGUGGAUUACAAAGUUCCCGAGUUAGGCAUCGUCUCACGUGCCGUCACUGGUAUGCAGGCCACUCCAGGUCUUGACUUUUGUGGCCGCGUUGUCCAAAGCACUCCGACGGUAGAUGACUUUGCCGUUGGUGAUCUUGUGUUUGGCCAUCUCGACUUCCAGCAACAUGGUACUACCGGCGAGUACAUUGUGGUCCCGACCAAGCAUUGUGCCCGGGUGCCCGAAGGCGUGAGCAUUGAUGAGGCAGCUACCCUUGGUGUUGCCGCAGUCACGGCGUAUCAGUCGAUUUCGGGUUAUGUCAAACAGGGCGAUAAGGUCUUCCUGAACGGUGGUUCUGGCGGCACAGGAACAUUCGGUAUCCAGAUUGCGAAGGCCCUGGGCUGCCAUGUCACUGUGUCGUGCUCGCCUGCCAAAGCCGAGUUAUGUCGCUCACUCGGUGCCGAUGAGAUCAUUGACUACACCUCCGUUGACUUAUCCCGCGAGCUCAAGGCAAAGGGGCAAGUGUUUUCUCUUGUGGUUGAUAACGUAGGCACUCCUUCAGAUCUCUACAAGGCCUCCGAUGACUUCCUGCUUCCUACGGGAAGGUUCGUUCAGGUAGGGGUUCCCAUGAGUUUGAACACUGUCAAAAUGAUUGCGUCAAGAUCACUGCUCCCUUCGUUCCUCGGAGGGGGGAAGCGCACGUAUAUAGUCUGCUCCGUCCGGCACGAUCAGGAUGCCCUGAGACAGUUGGCACAGUGGGUCGCGGAGCGGACCGUCAAGGUAGUCAUCGAAAAGACCUACGAUAUGGAGGAUUUACCUAAGGCUUUUGCGAAGUUGAAGGAAGGAAGGAAUGCAGGCUUGCCCGAUCCCCUUACCGGGGCUGGUCUCGUCUGCACCAAGCGGUCCGCGGGCUCAAAGCUAAGCCCUUGUGGGAGCCAAAGCACCUAG